AUGGACCCUCAGACUGCUCACCACUGCUCCCUCUUCCCCCCCCCCAACCCAGUGCCGGGACAGGUUCCGGACCCCCUGGACGCUCUGGACGCUCUGGAGGACCCUGACUUCUCGUCAGACGAGGACGACGCAGGGGAAGAAAGGAACAAGUCCGGCCACAAAGAGACCAGACUCAUCCCACGAAGGAAACCUGACGGAGAGCCGCUGCUCCUUCACGUCAAGAAGAACCAUUUGAGAUGCAGUUGGGCCACUACCAGCGCUCAGCACCACAGAGAGCCACACCCCCUGCUCCUGACCACAGCCCACCAGUGA